AUGGUAGCCGAUCCCAUCUUAGACACAAGCGUCCGGCAGGAGUCAAACAUGUGGAUAGAAGAUGAAGAUAUCGGAUUCCACCGCCACCUGCAUAAACGGAACCUGUGCCAGACCGCGGCUCUAUUGAACAAGCCCGAGCUUAAAGAUGUCCUCCAACAUUUCACGGAGCAUCUCCUCGGCUUGUGCCUCGCAGCUAGGGAUCUUAUGAGCUACCAUGGUCAGACGAACAUCGCAAUCCUAAACCAACUCAACUGUCGGAAAUAUGACGAUGUCUGCCUCAGCCCCUUCCAUUACGAAGUCAUGGACGACACCAUGAAGAAAUAUUGCAAGAUGUGGGAGAGUAUCGCCGCUUAUACCAGGUAG